AUGACUGACCUUCGUCUCCAAAAAUUAGCAAAAGCACCGGAAUGGGCUAAGGAAAUUUCCCAGAGCCCAGCUCAUCAGAACCCAUCCAAAGCCCCACCAGUCCCGACCAAAGAUCUUGAACUUUCACAAGAGUCUACGACUAGCCUCGAGCAAUACUACGAAGACUCGAAAAAUGCUUCCUUCAUCGACAAUAUCUCCAGACGGUCAUUAAGCUCCCGCUCUCUCGAGAAACGUGGCCCUCUUUACUGCAAAGAUGGCCCAUGUGUCGAUGGAAGCUGCUGUGGUCCCGAUAGCAUUUGCGGAUAUGGACCCGACUUUUGCGGGACAGGAUGUCAGUCCCAGUGCGACGCAACUGCCAUGUGCGGAGAAUACAGUGAGAACGCCGAUAUGCCAUGCGGCAUGAAUCUCUGCUGCUCGCAAUCUGGCUGGUGUGGUGUGAGUACUUUCACGAUCUGUAUUGUACCCUCGUUCGCUUUCGAGAGACUGACAACUACUUUCCAUCAGACCACCGAGGUCUUCUGCCACAACGCCGACCCAAUCAACCUCAGUGCACCUUGCCAGGCCGGCUAUGGCUCUUGUUCCAUCGCUUCUACUCCAUCAUGCGCAAAAGGCGGCGGGAGCACAAAUGGCCGCACAAUUGGAUACUACCAGUCAUGGAACGUGAGGACCCGGAAAUGCGAUACCAAGACUCCCAAGCAGCUUGAUACCAAGGGCUUCACCCAUUUGUUCUACUCCUUUGCAUUCAUCGAUCCAACCUCAUUCGCCGUUGUUCCAGCCCACGACGACGACCCUGCUCAGAUGCGAGAGUUCACUGGCCUAGCCAAGGACGGUCUCAAGACUUGGAUUGCUGUCGGCGGCUUCGACUUCAGCAACCCCGAGACAAAGACCCACCAUACCUGGAGCGACAUGGUAGCGACGAAGGCCAAUCGUGCUGCUUUCAUCUCUUCUGCCCGCGAGUAUAUGGACGAAUAUGGUUUCACUGGCAUCGAUCUCGACUGGGAGUAUCCCGGUGAGCCUAAGCGUGGUGGAAGGAAGCUUGAGGACACUCGCAACUUUGCCAUGCUUCUCCGUGAGAUGCGUGCUGCUUAUGGCGACAAGUACGGCAUCAGCCUGACCCUUGCACCUGAUUAUUGGUACCUGAGAUGGUUCGACGCCAAAGCGAUGGAGGCUUUCGUCGACUUUUUCGGGUUCAUGGCCUAUGACCUUCAUGGAUUCUGGGAUGAGGACGUCAAGACUCUUGGCAAGAUUGUUCGCGGCCAAGCUGACAUCCGUGAAAUCGGCAACAAUACUGUUCCACUAUGGUUCGACGGGCUUGAUCCCAAGAAGAUCAACUUCGGUCUUGCAAUGUAUGGCCGUGGCUAUACUGUCUCUGACAAGAGUUGCAACGGACUUCUCUGCUCUUUCUCAGGCCCGAGCAAGAAGGGAGAAUGCACUGACUCUGAUGGCGUCAUGUCUCUUGGGGAGAUCAAGAACCUUAUCAAGAACAAGGGUCUCAAACCCAACUACUUGAAAGAUUCUCUGAUGAAGGAGCUUACUUGGGACGAUCAGUGGAUUGGCUAUGAUGAUGAGGAGACAUUCAAAGAUAAGAAGGCCUGGGCGGAUGGGCAAUGUUUUGGAGGUACUAUGAUCUGGAGCAUUGACUUCCAAGGCUCAAGCACUUCGGCCGAGCCGGUUGAGCAGAAUUCACCUGGUGAAAUCCCCAAGUCACUGCUAAACAAGAAGCUUCCAAACUGCAAGUCCGGAGAGUCUUAUGACGCUAUCAAGGAUAUGGGCACGUUUUGGUAUAAUUCUGGUGCCGAGCAGUGGGCAGACGAGUACAUCAACUCUCAGCCGGAUCAUUCCAAUUGGGCGCAGAAUCUGUACCGCGAGCUCUUCCCAAAGAAGGACCACACCAAGUUCUCUUGUCAGGAACCUGGUGCUCCUUGCGAUCAUGAUUUGACAUGUGACGAUUUCAAUGCGAUUGACAAAGGUGGGCUGUGGUAUCUUUUCCAGUCCAUGGCAGCGUUCCACAGUUUUAUGUCGCAGCUUUCUAUCGAGUUUGACCAGUCGAUUGGCAUCACAUCUGAUCAGAUUGGCACCAUGAGGCAAUUGUUAGGUAUCAAGAGUGGCGCGCCCAAGGCACCCCUCGACCUAGCUUCUAUCCUCGGUGCAGCUUUCAGCAUCGGAAGUGCCCUCGCCACACCUGCUGCAGCCGUCGGAGGUCCUUUGGCGGGUAUCAGUGGUGUCAUGUAUCUGGUCUCAGCUACUGGAGACUCUGGUGGUUCCGACGAUGCGGUGGAAGCGACAGACACGAUCCGGGGCCUACUUGCAAUUGUCGCCAAGCAGGGCUUCGCUAAUAUCAAGGCAAUUGUGGCCUCAACAUUUGGCAAGCAAGGCCAUAAGCAGACUGACAUUCCCGAAGUCAUGCGCGUCGGGGGCGUCAAGAACCCGGCCGUAUCUGUUUUCGGGUGGGGAUCCUGGUUAAGAGACCAUCCUCUUAACAAUCUGGAUGACGUGAUCAGCAAGAUGAAGACCAAUUUGGAUCAAGCUCUUAUCUGGCAGAUGGCUAGACAAUUCAGAGGAGCUUACGUGGUUGUUAGAGACGACCUUCCUGUUGACAAGUGCACAAACCCGAACAACGCCUGGGAGGCAGACAAGAAACGAUGCCUCGACAUCCUCGCAUGGUACCCCAAGAAGGUCUCCCAGACCCUCGGUGGAAACAAGGAUAUGGAGGCUCUCUGGACCGAGUGGAACAUGGACAAGCUCGGGACCCUCCGCAACGCCGUCGAAUGUUGGGAAAAUAACAAUGGCCACAUCGGCAAGACGGGCAUCCGCGAGGGUAGCUGGGCGAGCGAGACGCCACCACUCUGCUUCUUUGCUAUGCCUGUUCUUAAGGGCAACUACAGCGAUGUCUCCAAGGGGUCGAUCUGGAUGGCUGGCAACUUUCCCGGCCAGGAGGGCCAGGCUGGUUUGCUGUGGCCCAAGUCCAAGUGUGAGAAUGGCAACAAAGAGCUGCACCAGAACCCAUUCAACUCAAAAUCUGACUACAAAUGCGCCGAGUUUGAUCUUACGAAGGAUCUAAUGUAA